CGGAGUUUCCUUGGCUCCGGCAGUCCCACUGCGCCAGCUCCGUGACGCGGCGGGCGGGCGGCGCCUCUCCCACCUGCCGGUCAGAACGGGACAUUCCUGCUGCCGGGCCGCUGGUCACGGUACCGCCCUGCAGCUCGGGCUGGGACAGGCUGCUGUUGGAUUUUUCUGAGGAGAACUUCCGGAUCGGCUCAGGCCCCUGAAGGCUUGGAUGACGGAGAGGCGGGAGCUUUGGCUCGUGCCGGCUGGAGCGAUGCGCGGAGUGCAGCAGGAGCGGCAGUGCGGACGCGGCUGCACGCGCGCCCUGGCAUGCGGGCUCGCAUCAUGACCGCGCGCUCACAUGAGCGGAUGGAGCAGAGCCCGGGGACCGGACCGGCGGCGCUGCGGUGGACGUGAUGCGCCCGUGCUUUUCUGGAGGGAGUGCACGCUCGUGCACGCAGACUUGGAGGUUUCCGCCGGUCUGUAACGGAAACAGCGGAUCUCUGCAGACUGCGGCAGGCUGCUGGAGAGUGUUCCUGCAAGACAAAUGGACUUUCCUUGAAAUGGGGCCAUGUGGACUGAAGUGCUUCUGCUCGUUGUGCUCUACAAAAAGAAAGCAAUCACGAGGACGACGCUACAUCAACUAGCUGAAAGGGUUUUUGGGGUUUUGGCUUCACAGGUGUCGCCGUGGGUUGAGGAGCAUCCAUGGCCAAUGGAAGUGAGAGCAGUGAGGUUCUUGUGGAGCCCAUGGCAGCGGUGGUGGCGACAGCAGCUGGGAUGUUGCCAGAGAGCUCUUCUUCAACGGUGUCAACCUACAUCAAACUAGUGCUCCUUGGGCUGAUCAUCUUCAUCAGUCUAAUGGGCAACCUGAUGGUGUCACUGCUCGUUUUAAGGAACCGAAUGCUUCAUAAGGCACCCUACUAUUUUCUUCUGGACUUGUGCCUGGCAGACACUAUUCGUUCAGCCAUUUGCUUCCCCUUUGUGCUGGUGUCCAUAAAGAAUGGUUCAGCCUGGACCUACAGCGUGCUGAGCUGCAAAGUGGUGGCCUUUAUGGCUGUGUUGUUCUGCUUCCAUGCUGCUUUCAUGCUUUUUUGUAUCAGUGUAACACGCUACAUGGCCAUUGCACAUUACCGCUUCUAUACCAAGCGAAUGACCUUCUGGACGUGCGUGGCGGUGGUGUGCAUGGUGUGGACUCUAUCUGUGGCAAUGGCAUUCCCACCGGUUUUUGAUGUGGGAACGUACAAAUUCAUCCGGGAGGAGGACCAAUGCAUAUUCGAGCAUCGCUAUUUUAAGGCUAAUGACACACUGGGCUUUAUGCUGAUGCUGGCUGUGCUCAUUCUGGCUACGCAUGUUGUCUACAUGAAGUUACUUCUGUUUGAGUACAAGCACCGAAAAAUGAAACCGGUCCAAAUGGUUCCAGCAAUCAGCCAGAAUUGGACCUUCCACGGGCCAGGAGCCACAGGCCAAGCAGCAGCCAACUGGAUUGCGGGUUUUGGCAGGGGCCCGAUGCCUCCCACUUUGUUAGGCAUUCGGCAAAAUUUGCACAACCAAAACCGACGCCUGUUGGGCAUGGAGGAGUUCAAGGUGGAGAAACAGCUUGGUAGGAUGUUCUACGUGAUCACAUUGCUUUUCCUCUUGCUCUGGUCUCCGUACAUAGUGGCCUGUUACUGGAGAGUGUUUGUCAAGGCUUGUACAAUACCACACCGUUACCUGUCCACUACGGUGUGGAUGAGCUUUGCCCAAGCCGGGGUCAAUCCUAUCGUCUGUUUCUUCCUUAACAAAGACUUGAAGAAAGGGCUUCUUUCUCACCUACCAGCCUGCUGCAGGACUAAACCUCAUCUGCCACGAGAGCCUUAUUGUGUCAUGUGACCAGAGAACGAUCCAAAUGCUGAGAGGGCAACGGGACGGGCGUUGUGAUGUUCUACUUUGUUAAUGUUAAAUUUGAUGUGAAUGUAGUGGGGGGGGGGGACAAAACAGAAAAAUGGAAUGCUAAGAAUGUACUUAAGGCCAAACACUCAUGGUUGAGUCAUUGACUUUUCCUAACUGAAUUAAUAAUGGUGUCAACACGGAAAUCAAGCCAGAGCAACGCUACCAAAAAAGAGCUGCUCAAGGAACACUUUCAAUGCCAAUUGGAUGAGCCCUGAGCCCCAAAGUUUUUAUUGACUUGGCAAAAAAGAAACAGUUUAAGAACGAAGCAGCUUUUAGUCAAAUAUGUCGCAGGUUUUUAAAAGCUGGUUAUUGUUGGGGAUGGAACAAAGAAUAAAGGACAAUAAAGGUUUCCGAUCACACUCAGCAGGCUUUUUUGACUUGAGUUUUUUUUUUUACCAUUGCCAUCCAAACACAUAACUCCUGGAUUUAUUCAAAUCUACUGUCACAAUCCUUUCCUAUGAUAGAAGGGGAUUUCUCUUCUUUCCCUUUUGAUGAUAAAAUGGGUUCCAUUUAUUUCAACAAGUAACAUGAAAUCAAACAUUAAAUAAAUGAAGCAAAUGAA